CAGCACGAUGCGGGGCUCGAGCUGUGUGGGCGGCGGUGGCGAGAGCCCGGGCAGCGCCGGGCUGAGCGAGGCUCCCCGCGGCCGAUGGCUGCGCCUUGCUCCGGUCUGCGCCUACUUCCUGUGUGUGUCCUUGGCCGCCGUGCUGCUUGCGGUGUACUACGGGCUUAUUUGGGUACCCACGCGGCCGCCCGCCGGCCCCGCCGACCCCUUGCCCAGUGCGCCUGCCGCUCCUUGUGCCCGUGCAGCGCCACCCGCCCCACCUCCUGCCGCCUCCUGUUUGCUCGGAGCCUCCGGCGGGCCAAGACUGCAGCCGCCGGGACUGCCAAGGAGCCGCCGCCACAGCCGCCGCCCAGCGCCGGGAGCGACGUCCGAGACCGUGCACCGAGCGCCUGGAUAGCCUGGCCCGCCCCCACCGCGGCCUUCGCCAGCUCCCUCUGCACCACUGGGCCUCGCCUACGGCCUCCUUUCCCCUGGCCGUGGUCCUGAUCCAGCCCGACUCCCACCCACCACGUUCCUCCCCCGGACUCAGCGUUCAUCCGCAAUAAACUCCAGCCUCAGCUGCGC